AUGGCUACUUCAGAGGAUGAUGGGGGUGAACCAAAAUUUCCUGAGCCACUUUUCGUAGAAGAUGAAGAGGAAGAGCACGAGGAUGACGAAGAGGUAGUGGAAGACAAUGAUUUGGGAUGCAGUGGUGACGAUACGGAUUCAGAUAGUUCAGAUGAUGAAUUCAGGAAUGUGCUUACCUUAACAGCUGAUGAGAUACGAGCUUUAACGUUUUGCAGUGAGUCUAAUGCAUACACAUUUUACUGUGCCUACGCGAAGGGAAAGGGAUUUGUGGUUAGAAAAGAUGCGUGUGAACGAGAUUCUAAUAACAAAGUUGUAAUGCGAAAAUUUGUAUGCAAUAGGGAGGGGUUAAGGGAACCAAAGUACUUCAUUAUGGAUAGGCAAAGAGCCCACAGAAGCCUAACCCGCACUAACUGUCAAGCAAGACUCAGGAUACGGUACGAUAACAAGAAAUGCCAAUGGGGUGUGGUGGGGUUUGAGGAGAAACACAACCACGAACUUACCCCGUCGGUAUAUGUCCCUGUGAUUAAUGCUUACCGUACAAUUAGUGAAGGAGACAAAGCUCAGGCAGAAAGUCUUCACGCAUAUGGUGUCAGAACCUGUCAUAUCAUGGGUUAUUUGACGGCACAGAAGGGGGGAUAUUCUAAAGUAGGAUUCUUGAAAGAAGAUCUGUACAACUACUUCAGUCGCCAGAGACAUAACAGAGUCAAAGGUGGGGAUGCUCGAGCUGCUCUAACUUACCUAACAUCAAAGGCUGAUGUAGAUCCCAUGUUCUAUUCGAAAUACACCACCUCAGGAGACAAUAGAUUGAAUAAUCUUUUUUGGGCAGAUGGUGUUAGCAGGACAGAUUACCAAUGCUUCGGGGAUGUUCUUGCCUUUGACUCCACUUACGGCUCCACUAAGUAUAAACAUCCACUGGUUAUAUUUUGUGGAACUAACCAUCAUGACCAAACGGUUAUAUUUGGAUGCGCUUUAUUGAUUGAUGAGACUAUUGAGACAUACAAGUGGUUGUUGGAAACUUUUUUGGAAGCAAUGAGUGGGAAACAACCUAAAUCUGUUGUAACCGACGGAGAUCUUUCUAUGAGGGAGGCCAUCAAACAAGUAUUCCCGAACACAUCGCAUCGACUAUGUGCAUGGCACUUGCACAAGAACGCAAAGGAUCACAGAAUGAGCAAGGAAUUUUUGGAUGACUUUCAGAAAGCACUUUAUUGGCACUUCAGUGUUGAGGAAUUUGAGGAACACUGGCAGAACAUGGUUUCUAAGCACGGCCUACAGAAAGACAAGUGGGUUUUAAGUGUGUAUGAGAAAAAGGAAUCGUGGUGCUCCGCAUAUCUCCGUGAUCAGUUUUUUGCUGGGAUACGGACAACAUCAAUAUGUGAAGCCAUAAAUAGUCGUAUCAAGAUCUAUGUCAAGAGAAGAAUUAGUCUUAUAGACUUCAUGCAAACCAUUGAGCAUGCUUUAAGAGGUGAAGCUGCAAAACUGUACACGCGUGAAAUUUUUAAAGAAGUAAGAAAUCAAAUUGAGCGUGUGGCUCCAUUGAAUUAUAAAGAUAAAACAACGGAUGGAGAUGAAGUGAGGUACGAGAUGUUCCAUUAUAGGAGGCCAGAAAGAACCAUUGAAGUAGUCUACAACAAGAAAAGUAAUCAAUUUUACUGUCCAUGUCGGCUAUUUGAAUCACGUGGAAUACCAUGUUCACAUAUUUUCAACAGCAUGAAAUAUGAGCUCAUGGAAACCAUUCCUAAAACACUUAUGCUUAGCAGGUGGGGACGGUAUGCAAAAUCUGAAUACUUGUCGGCAACAUCCACCGAUGAGGUGGACAGUUCUGUAAUGAAGACAACACGAUUUGGGGCUAUAUCUGCUGCGUGCAACGGGCUCUCCGUCUUAGGUUCUGACAAUCCUGGGCUCUUCACUGACAUGAUGAAUGAUAUUUUGAGGUUGACGACGAAGUAUAAGAAUAAGAUACUCAAACAAGGCGGACAUGUCAACGGGACCAACGACAUUCGUGAUCCCAAUAUCGUCAAAUCUAAAGGACGCCAACCUGCAACCCCGAAACCAAAGAAGAAUAAAAAGAAUAAGAAACAAGCAAGGUGUUCAAACUGUCAUAAGCUUGGUCACAACGCAAGGACUUGUUCUACCCUCGUUGGUGGAGAAGAUAAUGAUUUGGAGGGUGAUGAGCGAUCCACGCAGGAGGAUGAGGGCAACGUAAAUGACGAUAGCACGGGCCAGCCAACCGAGGCCACGACGCAGCCAAGUAGAUCCAAUUCUAAUGUAAUAAACCAUUUGGUUGGUCGUCGAGGACAUAAAGCCAAGAAACAAAAGACAAAGAACUCGAAUCUCUGUUCAGUUAAUGAAAAGGAAAACCUAACCCCCGCAACUGAUAAAGAUGAAAGUCAGAUGGGCUCACGUGCUUUAUCCCCACAAAAUUCAACAAUGCAACCGCCAACCCAGACAGCUGCUUCUUGUGGUAUAGCUCAUCCCGGAUUUCAUUACGCUGUCCCUCAAUACGGAACACGGCCACCUAACUUAGCCGUUGGUACGGGUAUGCCAGCCCAGGUCAACUUCCCACAUGGUUAUGGUGGAUGGAUACCAGACCCCAACAUUCAAUAUGCUUAUGGUCAACCCAUAAAUGGUCCUCAAAAUGCUCCUCAAUGCUAUGGUUAUGUUCCGAUAUUGCCCCGAAACUAUCAGAAUCUAUCUGCUUGUCAACCUAUUCAUGCUCCUGCUGUUAGAGGACAUAGCCAACACCAAGGCCCCCGUAGCCAAAUGCAACAUGAUGCGGCGAAGAAAAAGGCUGGUACAUAA